UUGGCGUAGUUGCAUUGUGGUAUAGGACAUGUCAAAAAUUUGUGAUGGCGACGAUGUUAAAGGAUAAGAGUCAAUUUACAUUCGAAGACAAAUGGCCAUGUAUGCGUCCAAUUAUUUUAAAACUACUGAAACAAGAACCUGUAACUCAAGCAGAAUGGCAAGAUUUAUUUUAUUCUGUUCAUUUGGUAUGUGUAUGGGAUGAAAAAGGCCCGUCCAAGUUAAGGGAUGCACUCAAAGAAGACAUAAUGGAUUUUAUAAAACAAGCUCAGCAGAGGGUUUUAGCGCAUCAAGAAGAACAAGCUUUGUUAAAAGCUUAUAUAGCAGAAUGGAGAAAAUUUUUUACUCAGUGUAUUUAUUUACCAACACCUUUUAGACAAUUGGAAUCAUAUCUUGCUGGGAAAACAACUUCUAGUGCUCAGAAAAGAAAUCAACCAGAUGACAUUGUCAGAAAGUUGAUGUUGGAUAGCUGGAAUCAAAGUAUAUUUGGAGAAAUAAAACAAAAACUUCAGGAUUCAGCUAUGCGACUUAUUCGUGCAGAACGAAAUGGGGAAGCAUUCGAUUCACAGCUUGUUAUUGGCGUUAGGGAAUCUUAUGUAAAUUUAUGUUCAAAUACAACGGAUCAGCUUCAAAUCUAUAGAGAAAAUUUUGAAGCUGCAUACAUAGAAGCAACAGAAGCGUUUUAUUGGGUUAAAGCACCGGAUCAAUUGUCAUUACAUGGUGUAGAGAAUUAUAUGCGUUACGCGGAAGCAAAGUUAAGAGAAGAGGAACUUCGUGCACAAAAAUAUUUAGAACCAAACAGUGCGAGUGUACAGCUUUUAACCGAUUGUUGUGUACGUGUGUUAGUAGCAACUUUUAAGCCAGCUAUAUUAGCAGAAUGCCCAAGAAUGAUUCAACAUCAUCAAACAGAUCAACUUAGGCUGAUGCUGAAGCUAAUGGAUAGAGUACCCGAAGGUGUUGGUCCAAUGUUAAGAAAUUUAGAAGAACAUAUAGCGAGCGCAGGUUUGGCUGAUAUGAUGGCAGCUGUAGAUGUUAUAACUCAGGAUUCUGAAAAAUAUGUUGAAAGAUUAUUAGACCUUUUUCGUCGAUUUUCAACCCUUGUCCAAGAAGCAUUUGACGAUGAUCCUCGCUUCUUAACUGCUCGAGAUAAAGCUUACAAACUCGUUGUAAAUGAUGCAACAGUAUUCAGGCUAGAAUUACCAGCCCGUCAAAGUUCUGGUAUUGGUACAACGAUUUUAAAUAAUAAACCUAAUAACAAUAAUAAUGGGCAGCCAGAAUCAAAGUGUCCAGAACUUCUUGCUAACUACUGUGAUAUGCUACUUAGGAAAACACCAUUAAGUAAAAAAUUAACAUCUGAUGAAAUUGAAAGCAAAUUGAGAGAUGUAUUGUUAGUGUUAAAAUAUGUUCAGAAUAAAGACGUAUUUAUGCGCUACCAUAAAGCUCAUUUAACACGGCGCUUAAUAUUAGACACAUCUGCAGAUUCUGAAAAAGAAGAGAAUAUGGUAGAAUGGCUUCGUGAAGUUGGAAUGCCUGCUGAUUAUUUUAAUAAAUUAGCUCGAAUGUUUCAAGAUAUUAAAGUAUCGCAAGAUCUUAAUCAACAAUUCAAAGAACAAUGUAGAGCUGCUACUGCAGACAGUAUAAAUAUUAAGAUAUUAAAUGCAGGUGCAUGGGCCAGAGGCAGUGAACGUGUCACUGUAAGUUUACCGUUACAGUUAGAAGAUUAUAUUCCUGAAAUAGAGGAAUUUUAUAAGAAAAAACAUAGCGGAAGAAAAUUACUGUGGUAUCAUCACAUGUCCAAUGGCACGAUUACUUUUUCCAACCAAGUGGGACGUUUUGAUGUGGAUGUAACAACUUUUCAAAUGGCAGUUUUAUUUGCUUGGAAUCAGCGACCGUUUGAAAAAAUAUCUUACGAAAAUUUACGAUUGGCUACAGAACUGCCUGAUCCCGAGCUGAGACGAACAUUAUGGUCCUUAUGUGCUUUCCCAAAACUCAAGCGUCAGCUUCUAUUUGUGGAACCACAUGCACACAAUCCCAAAGAUUUUGCAAAUGAUACAAGGUUCUGGGUGAACCAAGAAUUUGCCAUUGUAAAAAAUGGGAAAUUACAAAAACGCGGUAAAAUUAAUUUGAUAGGAAGACUUCAAUUAUCAACUGAACGAAGUAAAGAAGAAGAUAACCAAUCCAUUGUACAACUUAGAAUAUUCAGGGUUCAGGAAGCCAUCAUUACGAUUCUAAAGAUGCGUAUGAAGACUACUAAUGCUCAGUUGCAAACCGAAUUAGUCGAUAUACUGAAGAACAUGUUUUUACCAAGUAAAAAAAUGGUGAAAGAACAAAUUGAAUGGCUCAUUGAAAAUAAAUAUAUUCGUAGACACGACGACGAUAUUAACACUUUUGUAUACAUAGCAUAA